CUUCGCUUAUCGACCCCCUUAAGAAUGCACCUUGGAUAAAAACAAGCGGUCGUUUGGAGAUAUCUCAGUUAUCAGAAACUGGGGAUUAACGAUGGAUAUAGUGUUGUUUGCCCUCUUUUUGCUGGUAACAGGAGAAGUAUUGGGACAGGUACCGCCAAACCUAACGUGUUAUUCGCCAAGACCGUUCAAUCCAACCUGCAUCGACCGGUAUGCGGCAUUCCCUGGUCAUCUCAAUUGUGAAAACCGACCAUUGACAGGAAAGACGAUCAAAAUAUCAGACACAGACCUCGCAACUAUUGCUGCCUUGCACAACGAGAUCCGGACCCAUGUAUCUCCCCCAGCGGCAGACAUGCGGCUAAUGAAGGAGAACCCCGGCCUAAGUAGCACAGCAGACAGAUGGGUGCGCCGAUGCACGGCCGAUAGUACUUGGUACCAGCGAACGUCGCCAGGUGGAUACAUUCUUGGCCAAAAUCAUCUGUACAGCAAAUCAUUCAUUAACUGGACAGAUGUCGUGAAAACAUGGGAGCAGGAAAAGACGAAUUUCGCUUACGGCUCAACGGGAAAUAACGCGUCACUGGUUGGAAAUUAUACACAGAUGAUUUGGGGUGAAACCUCAUCUGUUGGAUGUAGCGCUGCAAAUUGUGGUACUUUCUUCAUCUACAUCUGCCUGUAUGCUACCAUCCCUAACCCCCAGCCAUUAGAUAAGCCAUACAAAGAGUCUGUGUCAAACUCAUCGUGCGACGACUGUCCGGGACACUGUAAUGCAAGCACCCACCUCUGUGACUACGGUGGAUUGAUAUGCCUCAGCGGGUCUAAGUUGAACAUGACUACAUACAUGUGUGAUUGCGUGUCAACCGUGUUGCCAGGAACAUACAGUGGCAGUGAAUGCUCGUUAAACUGCGUUGGAACCAAUGACAUCGAUUCAGAAUGUUCAAGGUCACUACGUGGCACGUGCGACACGAACAUGCACACGAUGUUCCGUUGCCCUUGGAUGUGUAACGUCUGUCCGUACUCGGGUUCAAGUUGGAACGUCACUGUUAUAUCGCGGAUGCCAUGGGAGAAGGGUCUUCCGUUGUGCACAACAACGACGCUCGCAACAACUCUGCGCAUAAGCAGCAGCGGCUCGUCUACUUCCUUUCCAGCGCAGCACAAUAGUGGACCUACUGCAAUGUCACGACCACACGCCAUGGGGACAUGUUUCACUGUUUGGUUUAUGUUAAUCAUGUCUUUUUGUAACACGCGGUGACACGUGGAAAUACGUCUCAAAAUACUAAGGCCAUGUUGCACCCCCCCUGGUACUUUAAAUGUCCCUCAAUCAUAGUAUUGUCUUACUUUUAUAAUCAGAUUCAUGUUUCUAUUUUGCCCUGCACCAUGCGAAAGGAAUGCCAAAUAAAAUGUAUGUGUUCGAAUAUGUAUGAUACAACGAAAACUGUUGCUAUUUAAACAAUGCUGUUGAACUGAAUCGUUUGUACGAGUUUUUUACGCAUUUUUUAUUUACAUUUUAAGUCAUCUUCGUUGUUUAAAUUAGUAUAAUUACAAAAUAUAAUAUGAACAUAA